GUGACAGAGCCCAAGGCAUGGAUGGCUACCUUGCCCCUCCCCCCUGAACUAUGCAGGAAGAAAGGAAGGGAAGAGAGGAGCAAGAGGAAGGGCAAACAUCCCCCUCUGAGCCACUGUGCAUGUCUAUUCCUGAAGUCAGGUCGUCGCUCGUUUACACACAUUCCUGGCUUACCCUAGAGUUCCUGGAGGCCAGAUGUCCUCUCCAUCUUCACACACACGAAGGCCAGCAGAGGCCAGGCUUAGACUGAUCACUCAACGUGCCUGUUGAAACAUUGUAUGAAUUGAUGCCCUCUGCUCUAAUCCUCAUUUUCAAAACUAUCCUUCCAGUUCUAUUCUGGGGAUAAAAGGUCAGAGCCCGACACUGUCUCCGCCUCCAUUCUCAAGCCAGAUGGGGAGGCAGGAACAACUGGGAUCCCUCCCCAACCCGAGUAGGGAUUUCUGACCCAGCUGUCACACAGCUCUAAGGGAGCCAAGGUGACCGAGGGAGAGGCCAAGAGAGGCAGGAAGAGUUGGCAAAGGAGUGGUAGAGAAGGAAAGGAGGCUGAGCCGCCACGGGGGACAGGAAGGGGGGGAGCUGUCUUGAGAUUGGCGCCUGGUGAGCUCUGCCCUGCCCCCUCCAUGCAGUUUCCCAUGGGCCCCGCCUGCAUCUUCUUAAGAAAAGGCAUCGCUGAGAAACAGCGGGAAAGACCACUGGGACCAGAUGAGAUUGAAGAGCUCCGGGAAGCAUUUCUUGAGUUUGACAAGGACCGAGAUGGGUUCAUCUCUUGUAAGGAUUUGGGGAAUCUCAUGAGGACAAUGGGUUACAUGCCCACGGAGAUGGAACUGAUUGAACUGGGCCAGCAAAUCCGCAUGAACUUGGGUGGCCGUGUAGAUUUUGAAGAUUUUGUGGAGCUGAUGGCCCCCAAAUUGCUUGCAGAAACAGCUGGGAUGAUUGGUGUCCAGGAGAUGCGAGAUGCUUUCAAGGAAUUUGAUGCCAAUGGAGACGGGGAGAUCACCCUGGGAGAGCUGCAGCAGGCCAUGCAGAGGCUCCUGGGAGACAAGCUCACUCCCCAGGAGAUCUCCGAGGUUGUCCAGGAAGCCGACAUUAACGGAGACGGCACCGUCGACUUUGAAGGCUCGGGAUCCCUCGGUGCUCCGGUAACACCCACGCAUGCCUCUGCAGUGAUACUGGCACAUGACAUCGCAAUAGCUUCCAAUCGUUGAUUGCCUGUUUCCUUCUGAGGCCACAGACUAAAUCUUUCAUCAUUAUACCCCAAUUCCUAGCAGAGAGCUCAGCACAUGUGUUUUGAGUGAUUGGAUAAAUGAGAAAUAUUGGAGUCUUGAGCGGAUGGGAGGGGGGGAUCAUUUUUGUGGGAGACAUCAAUAGGGCACGUCAAGUUCUCAUCGUGACAUUCUCUGGUUCAAAUUCUGAGUCUGAUAUUCAAGUGUAUCCAUGAUGCUGCCCCAGUUACCCACCCACCCAGCCUCUAUCUUCUACAACCACUCUCUGAAUUUUUAUGCUCUGGUGUACACUUGGUACUGCUCUGUGUUCUCCAACUUCUGUUCCUUUCUCCCUGAUGUUCCUUCCACUUACCACACCUUUCCCGUGUUAUCGAUGCAUUUUCAAAUCCUAUCCAUCUCUCAGGAGUUCGUGCCAGUGCAACCUCUGCUAAGAUGCUUCCCUUCAUCCUUAUGUGGUGUAGUAGUCCCAGCUGUGAAGACUUACAGGGAUUUUUCUCUUCCUCUCCAAAGGAAGUUAUGACUGCAGACCUUGAGUUACAUUUGCCUCCUGGGUUGUGAAUUUCUGUGGGGCAGAGGGAGCUUCUCUAACCCAUCUCUGCUGUGAAAUUCCCAGCAUAGAAACUUAGUAGACGUUUGUUGCAUGGCUGCGACACAGCAAAUGUUUGCUGGAUGCCUGCUGGAUCUAGCCAGGCUCAGGUGCAGAGUAGGCAUCAAUGAAAAUCUGGGAGAGGUACAAUGGUUUCAGGAAAUAGUUCCUCAGGCCAAUCACAGGCAAGGGAAGGACAGAGGGGCCUCGAGACCUGGGUGGGACCAAUAAGUCCACCUGACUUUGAGUCCUAGCAAAGUCAUGGGUUCAUUCCAGGGUUCUCCAUUCACCAUCCACGUGAUCUCAGCCAUGUUGGUCAACCUCACCAGCCUCAGUUUGCUUACCUGUGAAACGGUACUUACCCCUCCAAGAUCGGUUGAAAAGUUGA